AUGUCUGAUUCCGCUGUUAAGGAGGCUACUGAACAGCUUCAAAAGACUUAUUUGGACGAGGAGACCGGGGAACAGGUCUCCAAGACCGAAUUGAAGAAGCGUCAAAAGGCUAGAGAGGUCGCUAAGAAGAGAGCUGAGAAGGCUGCAGCAGCUGCUGAGAAGGCUGCUGCCAGUGGAGAGGCCAAGCCCAAGGCUAAGCGUGAUGAUGAUAUCAAUCCCAAUCAAUACUUUGAACUCCGUUCUACUCAAAUCAAGGCUUUGAAGGAGACCAAGGCUCCUAAUCCUUAUCCUCACAAGUUCUUUGUCACCAUCAAGAUUAACGAAUUCGUUGAGCAAUACAAGCACUUGAAGAGAGGUGAGGAAUUGAAGGAUGUUGAGGUUUCUCUUGCUGGUAGAAUUCAUGUCAAGCGUGAGUCUGGUACUCAAUUGAAGUUCUACGUCCUCCACGGUGAGGGUACUCAAGUUCAAGUUGUUGCCCAAGCUGUUGGUGAAGAGACUUUACCAGAGAUCCAUGAUUUGCUUCGUAGAGGUGAUAUUGUUGGUGUCAAGGGUUACCCUUAUAGAACUUCUCCCAAGAAGGGUGGUGAAGGUGAGGUUUCAGUUUUCGUCAAGGAAAUCGUUCUGCUUACUCCUUCGCUCCGUAUGUUGCCUACUGAUCACUAUGGUUUCAAGGAUUUGGAGACCAGAUACCGUCAAAGAUAUCUUGAUUUGAUUAUGAACAAUUCUACCAGAGACAAGUUCAUCACUCGUUCCAAGAUCAUUUCUUACAUUCGUAAGUUCUUUGACAGCAGAGACUUCGUCGAGGUUGAGACUCCCAUGAUGAACCAAAUCGCCGGUGGUGCUACUGCCAAGCCUUUCAUUACCCAUCACAACGAUCUCAAUAUGGAUCUUUUCAUGCGUAUUGCUCCUGAGCUUUACCUUAAGGAACUUGUUGUUGGUGGUCUUGAGAGAGUUUAUGAGAUUGGCCGUCAAUUCCGUAACGAAGGUAUUGAUAUGACCCACAACCCCGAAUUCACUACUUGUGAGUUCUACCAAGCUUAUGCUGAUGUCUACGAUCUUAUGGAUACUACUGAGUUGUUGUUCUCUGAGAUGGUUAAGGAGAUCACUGGUUCAUACAAGGUUGAGUACCAACCCCAAGGACCCGAGGGUAAGACCUGGGAGAUCGACUUCUCUCGUCCAUGGAAGAGAUUGGAUAUGAUCGAGACCUUGGAGGAGAAGUUGAAUGUCAAGUUCCCUCCUGGUGACCAACUUCACACUGCCGAGACCAACGAGUUCCUCCGAGGAGUUCUUGCCAAGGUCGGUUUGGAAUGCUCUCCACCUCUUACCAAUGCUCGUAUGCUCGACAAGCUCGUUGGUGAGUACCUUGAAGAGACCUGUAUCAACCCUACUUUCAUCUUCGGCCACCCUCAAAUGAUGUCUCCAUUAGCCAAGUACCACCGUUCCAGACCUGGUUUGUGUGAGCGUUUCGAGGUUUUCGUUGGUACCAAGGAAAUCGCCAACGCUUAUACCGAGUUGAACGAUCCUUUCGACCAACGUGACCGUUUCGAGGAGCAGGCCCGUCAAAAGGACCAAGGUGAUGACGAGGCUCAGCUUAUUGAUGAGACUUUCUGUCAAGCCCUUGAGUAUGGUCUUCCUCCUACUGGUGGUUGGGGAUGUGGUAUCGACCGUAUCGCCAUGUUCUUGACCAACUCCAACUCUAUCAAGGAGGUUCUCCUUUUCCCUGCUAUGAAGCCUGAGGUCAAUAACUAG